GCACGGUCACAUUUUCCGCCAAAUUACCGACGCCAAAUACAGACGAGGAAAAGAGAAGCGAAAGGUGCAAAAAGCGGAGAGCGAAAACGAAGCGAAUAUAAGUUGCAAAUAAUAUUUCGUGGAUCGCGGUGUAAACAAAACAGCCUCCAAAAUUAUCAAGAACGCGCAACCAGCGGGCCGCAAGUCGCUGACUAAAAUGGCAAUUCAAUUAGACAAAAUUCUGCAGGAUAUCGCAAAGGAGAAGGUAUUGCAUCCAAACAAUGGCGGCGCCACCAAGCAGGAGCAGGAAGAGGCGUGGGCCAGGAUCGGACGCCUUAACAAGCUAUCCGUGCACGAAUCGCGUUCCAUUUUCAUUGUGCUGCAGAAAAAGUAUGAGCAGGAGAAGCUUAAGGGCAACUCGGCGUGGAAACUCUUCAGUCUGAUGCACCAGAUCCACCAGGAGCCAAAGGUCUCUGCUAAGGAGGAGGACGAUCAAGUUCCGAUGGAUGAGGUCGAGGAGUAUGAGAUGCUGGAGGUCCAGGAGCCGGAGGACGAUGAGGAAGGCCAACAGUACGGACAACCCGCCAACUCCACCGGAUCGGCAUCUUCAGACGGCGAAAGCCCUACAAAGUCGCACAGCACCGGUUCGCCGGAGAAAGAUGAGCGGGUGUAUUCCAAACCUAACGUGGACACUCCGCGUCCACCGUUCGAGGAGAAGAAAUUGCUUAAUACACUAGCGAACAACGCACCGCGUUCAACAACAAACAGCACAUUGUCCGCCGCCGCAGCAGUGCUUCAAAAGAAAGGGAUUACAGUGAAGAAGACGCCCGGAUCGGGGGCAGGAGCUGCGCUCAAAUCGACGACCGCGCAACAGGCACCACUCAGUGGUUUGAGAUCUAGCUCUCGUACAACCAUACAGCUGCCAGAUUCGCUGAAGCGCAAACUUUCAGAGGAGUACACCUCAACAGCACAAAAAAAGCAAACCAAGACCACGAGCCCAAAGCAGGUAGCCCCGUCUGUAGCAGCCACUCCAGCGUUUACCAGCGUUCCAGAGCACCAACCGGCUGCCAAUGUGGUGCACACAACCACUGCUCAGCUGAUGCAGGUCAAGACGGAGCGCGAGGACAACCAGACACCGCCGCCGGGCAUCAACAUCAUUACUAUUCCGGCGGCGCAACAGAUCAACGGCAGCGGUGGUGGAGGACCGACCUCGUCAACGGCCGCAACCAUUGCUUCCACCUCUGUGGCCUCCACAAACGGCUUUUCGCCGCACAUCGAGGAACUGGACUUCAAGAAUGACAUUAUCUUCGACCCUAAGAUCAACGCCACCUCCUCAAACACACCCGAGAUAAUUAACCUUGGCAACUUCGACAACUCGCUGCCACCGACCUUUUUCAAGAAUCUGUGCAACUCGUCGCGACACGAGUCUCUUGGUCUAUACGUGGCCAAUGUGAUGAACCGACUCUCUUCGCGUGCAUCUGCCAAACUAGAGUUGGGCAUCUUGCGAGCCAUCCUCGAUGUCCAGAGCGACGAACUGGAGCAAUAGACCGACUGAUACUCACGAUUUAAAUGAUUACUCAGCCUACGUAUUAGACAAACUGGAAGGUAGUUAUGUAGACCUGCCUCAAUCCUUUUCUUGUAAUAUUUUAUUCGUUUUUAAACGUCGGCGUUGUGGGUCUGCACAAACGUAUUUAUAAACUGUUUCGUUCGAUUUGGAAACGAAUUUAAAGUGUAAGUCUAAGUCUGUGCACUCCACAACGCUGAAUUUUAAAUGUAUUUGUAAGUUUGAGAUUUCAGUCGAAUUCGCAUGUCCCUAGCUUAAGGUCCAAUGUGUCACUUGAUUUUAAAAUACGUUCUUAUGCAAAUAAAGCUACAUAACUUACUUGAA